GACAGGAAGAGACGAGGUUUAGCGGAGAAAGAAAACGUAAAUCGGUAUCCAACGUCGAGGGAGGAAGGAAAAGUAGUGUCCUUCAAGUCGAAGGUAGAAAUCAGCAGGCUGGGAGGUCGGUUGAGCGAGGUGGUGGGUCCCGUCGUGGAGGAGGCCAUCGAGCCAGGGGAUGCGACCCCGCUGACGGGACCCUCGAGGGAGUCCUCGGUUCCUCGAGCACCCCCGCCACCGCCGCAGCGUGUCAUCACACCGAGUCCGCCGAGACCGCCGCCCGCUACGUCCCAGCAUCACCAGAAUCCGUGUCAUCCGGCCCACAAUCCGGGGCAUCAAAAUCCCGGACAUCGCAACCCGGGCCACUCGCCCCACAAUCCGGGCAAUCCCGGCCACAAUCCCGGCCACAAUCCCGGUAACAACCCCGGUCACCAGACCCACAAUCCGGGCAAUCCCGGCCAUAAUCCGGGCAAUCCCGGCCACAAUCCGGGCAAUCCCGGCCACAAUCCGGGCAAUCCCGGCCACAAUCCGAACAAUCCCGGCCACAACCCGGGCAAUCCCGGCCACAAUCCAAACAAUCCCGGCCACAACUCGGGCAAUCCCGGCCACAAUCCGGGCAACCCGGGUCACAACCCCGGUAAUCCAGGCCACAAUCCUGGUCAACAGAAUCCUGCUGGCCAGCCGACACAGAAUCCCGGCCAACCGAUCAGUCCGGGACGUGAGGCCCAGAAUCCUCAUCUAGGUCAGAACGUGAGUCGCCAGCCGCAGAACCCGACCCAACCGGCACAGAGCGGAAGAGAACAACCGACAAGUCAACAACCGCAGCAGCAGCAGCAGCAGCCGCAGCCGCAGCAGCAACCACCGCAGCAGCAGCAGCAGCCACUGCAACAUCCGGAGCACCGUACCGGAAGUAUGGGGACCGUAUUGUCGUUUAGUCCGCGGGACCGUCGCGGGUCCGUUUACCCGCCGACGGGUCACCCCGCCGACUUUACGCUGAACAACUUCAAUUACGAGCAAUUGAACAAUGCGAAGAAUCGCGAGAACAAGAGCAGCGUUGCUACGGUAGCGCCAGCGCCGCCCACGAAUCAUCCGCCGACCAACAACAACUCAUUGCAAAACAACAAUAUUAAUCUGAACAACAACGACAACGCGAGGAUCAUCUCGGAGAAGAACGCGCUGGAGAAGAAGUUCAGCACGACCAACAACAACAAGAAGAAGCUUGACAAUAAGAACAAAAACAUCGCCUUCAGGCAGCCGCUCGAUAAUAUACCUAUUGUUGAUAAGAAUAAAAAUAUACAGACGCCACAGACAAAACCACCGGCGUCAAACAACAAUCAUACCACGCACAAUCCGACGUGCGAGAAAUUGGUGCAGAAACCCCUGCCCCCUGGUCCAAGGAAAACCGUCAUCCAGGCCUCCACCUCGGAAUUGCUCAAGUGCCUCGGCGUCUUCCUGCACAAGAAAUGCACCCGCUUAAGAGACUUCCAAGCCGGCGAUGCUGUCAUGUGGCUCAGGACCGUUGACAGAAAUCUCCUGCUUCAAGGCUGGCAGGAUGUGCCCUUUAUAAACCCUGCCAAUGUAGUGUUCGUGUACAUGUUGGUGAAAGAGCUCGUCGACGGAGAGGAGGCAUCCGAGAAGGAACUCCAAGCGACGGUGCUGACGUGUCUUUACCUGAGCUAUAGUUACAUGGGCAACGAGAUCAGUUAUCCGCUAAAACCGUUCCUCGUCGAGGAUAGCAAAGAUAAAUUCUGGGACCGAUGUCUCUUGAUCGUCAACCGACUUAGCUCCGAAAUGCUGCGAAUCAACAGCGAGCCCGGAUUCUUCACAGAGAUCUUCAGCGAACUAAAGGCCUGCGGUUCCAGCGAACGCGGAAGUCUGACUGGCAGCGGCCUCGAACGAAGCCUCGUCGUCUCCGGAGUCGCGGUACCCACCAAGGCAGCUUGACGGAGCUACACACACCUGCUGGUACGCAUCGCCAGGCACGGCUGCGACGUCACGACGCUCUGACGAUGGCCGUCGCGACGACGUGGAGCCGCUCUCGCAGCUUGACCCCACGGCAUCGACCUCGACUUCGACCCCGACGUUGGCCCGCCAGCAGCAGCAGCAACCGCGUACUAGCCGCG